AUGGAUCUUGCAUCUGUAAAUCCUCCUACUCCAGCCUCACACUCGAAAAGAAGAAAACAGAGACCGCAGUUAUCAUGCGCUCCUUGUCGUCAGAAAAAGUUAAAAUGCAAUCGUUUACAUCCAUGCGACAAUUGCAUGAAACACAAUCGGACCUAUCUGUGCCACUACACCGGCCCCCGAGGAAUGUCCAAGACGGAGUCGCAGAGUAUUCAAAAUCAUAUCCAAACCCUCGAGGCGCGGAUUCAGCAGCUAUCCGCGGCGGAUUCACAGUUGGAACGGUCCGAACCCCCUCCAAAAGACUAUACAGGGACUAUGAUACUGGACCAAGGGGGAACGAGGUAUCUGAAUCCCACGCAUUGGCAGUCUGUACUUGAGGAAAUUGCGGAGGUGAAAGCAUACCUCCAGCACGACCAAGACCCGUCGCCCGAAGAGGACCUGGAAGAGGAGCCUUCUGGCAAGCAAGUGUCGGGUCCAGUCCUCCUGCUGGGAAAUCAGAUAUCGUCUACGGGGGCCGACCUUCUCGCUGCGCUACCAGUUCGAUCGGUAGCAGACCGACUGGUUUCCUUCUACCUGAAUUGCAAAGAAUCCACGCUGGUGAUUAUGCAUAUUCCGACGUUCGCAAAAGAGUACGCUGAAUUUUGGAAGAAGCCCGAAGAGGCGUCGAUCAAUUGGCUAGCAUAUCUAUACAGCAUUCUCUGUUCCUCGACCGGGCUCCAUUUGUUCUCCGCGUCUGGUCGCGCCGACGGGGAUCUUGCGGAAGCGUUCGAUGAGUACCAUCGACUGGCAUCGCAGUGCCUCGCCAGGUCCGAUUACACGACCCCCGGCCGGUACAAGAUGGAAGCUCUGCUGCUGAACAUCGCCAGCGAAAUUCUCCGGAGCUCAGACACACACAUUGGACCCUCGGUUCUCUUGGGGCUGGCUACCAGGCUCGCCAUGCACAGUGGGUAUCACCGAGAUCCCAGACACUACGGCGAGAUUUCCGUCUUUGAUGGCGAGAUGCGCCGUCGGGUUUGGAUGUGUCUGUCCCUUCUCGAUCAUUACAUUUCCCUACAGGCCGGUCUCCCACCAUCCACCCCCCAGGCGCAAUCCGACUGCGAGGAGCCCCGAAAUCUAAACGACAACGACUUGGAUCCGUCUGCAACAGCCCUGCCCCCAUCGAGACCCCCAGGAGAGAAAACUCCAAUUCUCUUCCCAGCAACUCUGAAUCGAGUCAUGUUCGCAUGUGCCGACAUAAUCCGCAGAGUAUCCGCGGUGGAAAGCAUCCCGUACCGAGAAGUGCUUCGCCUCGACCAAAAUUUACACGAACUCUCCGGCACCAUCCCGCCUCCACUCCGGUUCAGUCCCUUGGCUGAAUCAAUCGCGGACGCCCCCAGCACCAUCAUGGACCGGUAUAACAUCGACCUGAUGUACCAAAAGGCGCGCUGCGACCUCCAUCGCCGGUAUCUAACGCAAUGCCGUCUCGACCCGGCGUAUGCUUACUCCAGACGCCAAUGCCUGGAUGGCGCGAGAACGGUGCUCCAGCACCAAUCGGAUAUUUUCGACGCCAGCUCCCCCGGCGGCCAGCUCGGCUAUACCUCUUUCUUCUUCGCGCCCUGCGUCAUCAUGCACUUCCGGGUCGCGGCCAUGAUCGUUUCUCUGGAAAUCUCCUGUCAGUCUCGAUACGACCUCAAACAGAAGCAGCCCAUGCCUUCUCGCGCGAGACAGGAGAUUCUGGCGGAGCGGGAGCAGCUGUCGCGCGAGUUAGAGCGGUCAUUUAACAUCUGGAAGCAUCUGAGCCAGAAAUCCAACGAGGCCUUGAAGACCGCCCAGGCUCUGCAUGUUAUGUUGAAGAUCGCACGCACUCACCUGCAACACGGCGCAACGCCAGACUCUUCUCCUCUGGAGAACAACAUGCAUGGCCCUAGCCAACCAUUAGGUAAGAAGAACUCUGACCACUUUCCCAACUUCAGCUUCGUAUAUCAUUAUUCUCCCUUGAUGCCUUUUUUUUUUUUUUUUUCACUCACUCACUCACUCAAUCUGAAUCUCUCUUCCCAGGUGACAAUGCAACAACCACUCAAACCCACCCCACCUUCCCCCCCGACAUCACCCUCCUGGACGCAACCUUCUACCUAG